CGAGGACGACUGCUGGCAUGAUCAUUGACCAAUAGUCACCCCGUCCGCGCGCCGUUGGUGCACACUUGCUCAACACCUAUCAUGGGUUGCCUUGGGUUGCAUGACUGGCAAGGCCUGAUCCUGUAAUCCGGACAUCAAUCCACUCGUACCGAGGCCUGAUGCACAGUCCCGACAGUAACGGACAAGACUCCCUGAGGCCUGACUUGAUUCGGACAAAGUUUAGACGUCUCCGUCUCCGUCCUGACAAAAACGCCAAAUCUCUGGCGCAAUACCAGGCAUCCCCACCAUAAAUGGGGGUUCUACAUACUCGCAGUCCGACUUCUGUCCAGUCUAGCCGUGCUAAUCUCCACUUCCGCGUACAGGAACAUCCUCAAAAUCGACGAAGCUCGUACAUGGCGGUGUUCGCUACCUCCAAAAGGCUGUGAUGGAGCUCGACUACGAGCAAUACAAGCUCGUCCGUGAGGCGCUCCACGAGCGUCGCAUCUUCCUUCAGACUGCGCCCUACUUGUCGGCCAUGCUGCCGAUCAUGUUGCCGAUCUACAAGUAUUGGCAGGUCCCGUAUUAUUGGGUAGGUUGCAAGAUGUACGAUGUCCUCGCCGGCAAGGAGAAUAUGGAGUCCUCCUAUCUAAUGAGCAAGGGCAAGGCACUUGAGACUUUCCCUAUGCUCAAGCAGGACGGACUUGUCGGCGCACUGGUUUACUACGACGGACAACACAACGACUCGCGGAUGAACAUUGCCCUCAUCAUGACGGCGGUGCAGCAGGGCGCGACCGUCGCAAACCACGUCGAGGUCACAUCCCUGGACAAGGACACUUCCUCCGGCAAGCUUCACGGCGCACGCGUCAAGGACAGGCUCACGGGUCAGGAAUGGAACGUCCGUGCCAAGGGUAUCAUAAACGCCACUGGACCCUUCGCCGACGCGCUGCUCACGAUGGACAACCCCUCGCACAAGCCGAUCGUGCAAGCGUCCUCCGGCAUCCACAUCACGCUCCCGAACUACUACUCCCCGCGGACGAUGGGCCUGCUCGACCCCGCGACGAGUGACGGGCGGGUGAUCUUCUUCCUGCCGUGGCAAGGAAACACGAUUGCGGGCACGACGGACACGCCGGCGCGUGUGGAGACGGACCCCCGCGCAGCCGAGGAGGAGAUCCGGUGGGUGCUCGAGGAGGUGCGGCGGUACCUGUCGCCCGACAUCAAGGUCCGCCGCGGCGACGUGCUGAGCGCGUGGAGCGGCCUCCGCCCGCUGGUGCGCAACCCGAACGCGGCGAGCACGGAGGGCCUGGUCCGCAACCACAUGAUCCAUGUGAGCGACAGCGGCUUGUUGACGAUCGCUGGAGGCAAGUGGACGACGUACCGCGCGAUGGCGGAGGAGACGGUCGACCACGCGGUUGAGGUCUUCAAGCUCAAGCCGAAGAAUGGAUGCGUCACGGAGAGCCUCAGGCUUGUCGGUAGCGAUGGCUGGAGCAGGAACAUGUUCAUCGGUCUUAUUCAACGGUAUGGUCUUUCUACGGACGUGGCUAAGCACCUAGCGGACAAUUAUGGUGAUCGCGCAUGGACGGUGUGCUCUUAUGCUGCACCCACUGGCGACUCCUGGCCUCUGCACGGUGUCCUUCUGGCCCCAAGCUACCCCUUCAUCGAAGCCGAGGUGCGCUACGCCGUGCACCACGAAUACGCACAAACCGCCAUCGACGUCAUUGCGCGCCGCUGCCGCCUCUCCUUCCUCAACGCACAGGCCGCACUCGACGCGCUCCCGCGCGUGCUCGACAUCAUGGCCGAGGAGUGCAAGUGGUCCAGCUCGCGCAAGGCUGCGGAGCUCAAGCGCGCAACGCACUUCCUCGCGAGCAUGGGCCUGCCGCCGGGCGCCGAGCCGCUGCGGCGCGGGUCGCACGGCCUGCUCGAGAAGGUCGAGGGCGCGCUCGGUAUCGUGGGCACGCGCAAGCGCCGCGCUGGCCCCGAGAUGGUGUACAGUCGUGCGCAGUUCGAGGCGGGUGAGGUCGAGCAGCUGCGUGCCGCGUUCGUGGGCGCUGCGAAGGGUACGGAGGAGAAGCUCGCGCAUGAGCACGUGCUGGACCUUGUGAAGGCGCUGCCCGGGUACGAGGCGGUGAACAAGAAGGACUACGAGUACGUCCUCGAGGAGGCGGGCUUCUCGAAGGCGCAGCAUGUCGAUUUUGAUGGGUUCAUCGAGAUCUGCGCGGAACUUCGCGAAGUGCUGUUCUCUACGGUUCCCAGUAGGCCGGCCGGUGAGACGGAGAGGACGAGGAUCCCGGUCGAGAAGAGUGGUGGCGGUGUCUAAAAUCCAGAGCUUCGUUCCCCUCCUGGCACAUCUCUGACUCAUGUGGGACCUAGACUGCAGUAGCGGAUAUCACAGGUGUUGAUACUGUCACUUGGGCC